AUGAAGCUUGCUAUGAGAGUAGCUUCAAUCCAACCACGUACAUCAUCCUCUAUUUCUCAAAACAACCCUACUUGUCCAUUUUUUGAAUCCAACAUAAGCUCACAAUUCAGCAAGUCUUUGCCAUCUCCAUCAACCAAAUGCAACUUUCCCAAACUUAGACAGAAAUGGAAGCAAUACCAAGGAAUUGACCAUUGGGAAGGUGGUCUUGUCGUCACAGGAGAAGAAGAUGCUCCCAUGGUGCAAAAAGGGUUUUUCAGUCUUUACACAUCCAAAACAUCUACACGUGCAAGUUUGCAAGAGAUGAUAAGAAAAGAGAUUGGAAGAGUGAUUCAAAAAUACACUAAUGAACCUCUUAGUUUAACCCUAACAGGUCAUAGUCUUGGAGCUGCACUUGCGAUUUUGAGUGCAUAUGAUAUAACCACCACUUUCCAGAAUGCACCUAUGGUUACUGUUAUUUCAUUUGGUGGACCUCGUGUCGGAAAUGACAGUUUUAGAAAGCAAUUGGAACAAAAAGGGAUUAAGAUACUAAGAAUAGUAAACUCCGAUGAUGUUGUUACAAAAGUUCCAGGCUUUAUUUUGAACUUAGAUGAAUUCGUAAAUAAUGAGGAUGUUGGUGUGGGAAUUUGGUCAAGAUGGUUAUACAAAUACAUAGAAAACAUGCAAUUGGAAUAUGUUGACAUUGGACAAGAGUUGAGACUAAGUAGUAGGGAGUUUCCAUGUCUCAAUAGGAGAGAUGUUGUUAUGUGUCAUGAUCUCAAAACAUACCUUCAUUUGGUCAAAAACUUUGUAAGCUCCUCUUGUGCUUGUAAACACAAAAAGAUUCACUCCAUUCAGUCAUGA